AUGCCUGUACAGCUGUCUUUCUCCCCUGAUCCUUGUUUUUCCCUUUCAGAUUUUGGCAGCAUUCAGCAGUCUGAGGACAAGCUGUUGGAGUACUUGGGAGGGGUGAUCUAUGAAGCCCUGGACUGGGGAAUCGACAGCCAAAUGGAGCGAGAACUGAGCGAUCCUUUGGAGAAACUGCUGUGCCUCAUGUUGAACCUGGAUGACAGGGCAACAGAACCACCAGUCACCCUGCAGGAUGUUAUCAAGGCCUGUGAGGAGCACUUGUCCACGCUUUCUGAGGUUACCAGCCAUUAUGAAAUGACCUGUAAGAAUCUGUUUACUGACUAUAUGGAACUGCAGAAGCUUGUGACCAUCAUCCAGACCUCCAAAGAAAGACUGAGAAAAAUGGAUGUGGAAGAUUGGGUGGAAAAUCCCAUUCAAAAGAAGAAAACCCAUGGUGCAUCCCUGUUGCCCAGUGUCAUCUGUGAGCUGCAGGCUGGUGUGAGGCUGCGCAAGGCCGCUGAGCGACCACGGCGCUGCAUGUCUCCAAAGGAACGUAUUUGCUCUCCCUAUGAGCUGCUUUUGGAUGACAUUCAGCACAAGAGGUACACCCUGCGGAAGGUGACCAUCAAGCAAAAGCACCCAAGGACCCCCAAAGCUGAUGUAGCUUCUCUCAAGCCUCAUCAAGAGCCGAUGUUGAAGGUGAAGCUGAAACAGUGUGUGCCACAGGAGCCCAGGUGGCAUGAACAGCUCAUGGCAGAAGUAAAACAACCACCGAAGCCUUGGGCAGCAGCAGCAGAAGCACAGGAAAAGAGGAGCAGGCACAAAGAAAUGUUUGUGGCAUCAAAUACUGCCUCGAACUCUCCAAGUGACAAUUUCUUACAUCUCCAAGAUGCCAGUACUGAGUUUGAAAUUGCCAACACUAAAACGCAGCAGCUGGGAGCAGGAGCUCAGGAAACCAUUCCCAAGCUGCCUGCCAGCACCUGCCUUUCCUCCACCAGGCCAUCAGGAGUAUCCAGGAGUAUCAGCACAGGUAUUGCUGCAAAUUGCACUCCUCCCAUGAGUGCACCCCUGCCAGGAGACAUUAAGCCUAAGUGUUUCCUGAGCACUAGCCAAUGGCAGCUGCCUCCUUCCAGAGGAAGGUCCAAAUCUUUAGAGAGAGGCCUUCAAAGCAAGGAGCUUGACUGUCCCUUUCCUACCAAGUGGCCAUCACCAACCAUUGCUGAGCUGAUUGGAACCAGAUAUGCAAUGAUGGUGCUCGAAGGGCAAGGCCUCUUCCAAGGAGGUAGUGAUAGUGUCUUGCCAAGAGCAAAGAUCUGUUUCAGUUGCCAUAAGCAGAUGUUUCUUAAGUGGCCUUACCAAUGUUACCUCUGCAGCAGGGUUGUCUGCUGUGACUGCUGCAUUAAGAUGUCCAUGCCCUUCAGAACAUGUGUACAUCUCCCACUUCAAUUCCUAAAAUUUUUGAGACUGUCUGGAGAGCAGGAUCCAGCUACUCAGGAACAGAAGAGCUCCAAGUUGCUACAUGAAAUAGAGCAGUGGCAGUAUUUUGGUGUACCUGUUGUUUUGGAGCCUCGUGGCCUGACACAGCCCCUGUGCUGUUACACAAGGACCAUGGCAAACUGGCUGACUGCAGACAUCUGUACGUGGUGUGAGCAAUACCUCUUGAAUGUGACUUCUGGUCAACAGCACAGCAUCCCUCUCAGAAGAUUUUCCUGGGCUUGAACCAAACUGGAGUGAUUCUACAAUACAUUUCUCCUGUCACUCCUUAUGCACCUGAAAUAAAUGAAACAGCUUUAUGCACCUACUGACAUAAAGGACUGAAUGAAAGACCUCCCUACUGGUUAGUCUAAGCAGGAAGCACAGCAUUUCUGUAUUGUAAAGUAUUCUAAAGCUUUGUGGGUUUUAGAAAUGUUGUAAUUCUUUCUGUGUCUUGGGGAAAAUAAAUGUUGAAGCAUUAUCAUGCUUCUAGCAUUUCUUUCUUUGCACCUGCAGCUGUCAUUGUUCUGUGGCACUUUUUGCAUUCAUUGCUGAGCAGACUUCAUCCAAUUUACUGAGCACAGGGAAACUUUUACCAAAAACCCCCAUAUGUGAGAGGCUUGUAAAGUGGAGCUCUCAGUUAAUAUGAUCACUUCAUCCUGCAUUUUGCAUACACUCCUUCCUUACUACUCAUAGCACUUAAAGCUCAUAGCUUUGGCGCAUGUAAAAUUACAGUGAUAGCUGCUCUGUUCACUUGCAUUAGGAAGCUUGUUUUGAUUUAUUUUUUUUUUUCUGUGCAUUAUCGUGCUUUGGCACCAGACCUUUCUGUGCAUCUCACAGAAAUACCUUUCAAUGCUGUCAUCACCUGAAGGGCAGAGAGUUGUUCUUGCAAGAUUCUUGCUCAUUGUCUUGGCCUUAAGCCUUUGCCCUGGAAUAAACUGGACUAUUGCAAUA